AUGUUUGUUCUCUGGGCCUGUGGGGAGACUCCUGCUUCCACUGCUCCUGAUUCUCCUCCCGCUUCCUCUACCCACUGCUUCCCGAGACUCAGAGAGACGUCUGGGACAGAGAAGGAGACCAUGGCUUUCCACAACCUCUGUCUGCAGGUUCUACUGCUAACUGCCUUCCUCUCCUACUGCGCUCACUCAGAUGGCGCAGGGGAGAACAAGCUCCACAGACUACUCAAGAAAAGAGAUGUGGGCGGAGGUACGAAGCCUGUGUGGGUGGCGGUGGCCCCCUCUAAGGCCAAAGAGUUCCUGACCUCCCUACGGAGGCCCAAGAGGAACAUCUGGGACCGCAGCAGGCCAGAUGUGCAGCAAUGGAUCAUGCAGUUUAUGCACAUGGGGUAUGACGAGGCGAGGCUUGAGACUGACCUGUCCUACUGGAUGGACCUGGCCCGGUCGUCAGACCAAGGUCGCCAGCACCAUUAUGACGAGAACGCCCCCAUCGGGCCCCAGGACACCGGUUCCUACAGACACGGCGCCAAUGUCAAUUAUGACUACUAUUAA